GUGAAACAAGUGCUGGGAAAUCAACAUUAAUAAACAAACUGCUACAGAAGAGGAUAUUUAACGCCAGGAAUAAGGAGUCCACAUCAACAAUUUGUAAAAUAAGAAAUUCUGAAGAAAUAAAGAUUAUUACUGAAAGGGUGAAUGGGGAAAUACAAACCAUUCCAUUGCAGUGCAAUAUAGAAACAGAAAAAGGAGAAAAGUCACUGAGAGAUAUAUUGAACAAUUUAACAGAUAUGACGUCUUCGAAGGACAGCAAAAACUUCCGAUAUGUGGACAUAGGAUUUCCAAUACCUUUUUUGAAGGGCAAUACAAUUAUAGUUGAUACUCCAGGAAUAGGUGGUUCAGGAGAGGUGAGCAAGAAAGUUAUGGAGUACCUCCCUUAUGCAGUUUCUUUUAUUUUUGUUGUUAAUGUAGGGAGUGCCGGUGGCAUGCAGAAGGACCGGCUUCCAGAAAUUCUGAAUUCAAUACGUGAUCUACAAAUUGAAAACGAAAUGCCAUGUUUUGAUCCAAGGGAAGUACUAUUCAUAACAAAUAAGUGGGACACAUUAUCAAGUGGUAGCGAUGACUGCAACGACGAUGCUGAAAGAGAAAAUACCUGGCAAGAUCUCCUGAAGGAUAUAAAAGAAAUCCUCCCUGAUGUGAAAGAGGAAAACAUAUUCAGAUUGAAUCUUAAAGAU